UCCCCGCUCCCGGCGGCCGCCUCUAGGGGGGUGCGGGCGGCUCCUCGCCGCCGCGUGAAUGAGGGCGCACCCCCGCGCCCCCGCGCGCGCCCGUUGCCAUGGGAACGCACUGGGCCGGGAAGCCCGAGGGAGAGGCGGGAGGCGGCGGCGCGGCCAAGCUCGUGGGAGACGCUAUCGCAAGAUGGCGUCGGCGAGGCCGCGGGAUGCGGAGUGAGCGCGCCCCGCCGGGGGCUGUGCGAGGCUGCUGCUCUCCCCGUCGCCGCCGCCGCCGCCGCCGCCACUGCGGCGCCGCCUCUCCGCCUGCCACUGCGCCGCGGCCAAGCCUCCCGCCUCGCAGCGGUCCCCCGCGUCCCGGCCUGCAGCCUCCCCGGGCGCCGGCGCCCCCAGCACGCACCAUCGGGCACCCCACUCCCUCCGAGGUGUGGGUGCGGCGGGUCGAUGAGGUGAUCCCUAGCCCGACUGGGAGGAGCACGCGUGGACUCGGCGGGCGGCGGCGAGCGCCUUUACAAUGGCCCUGACCCUGUUUGAUACAGAUGAAUAUAGACCUCCUGUUUGGAAAUCUUACUUAUAUCAGCUACAACAGGAAGCCCCUCAUCCUCGAAGAAUUACCUGUACUUGCGAGAUACCACUGUCUUGUUCAUCUUCUGUAGAAAACAGACCAAAGUAUUAUGGAAGAGAGUUUCAUGGCAUGAUCUCCAGAGAAGCAGCCGACCAGCUCUUGAUUGUGGCUGAGGGGAGCUACCUCAUCCGGGAGAGCCAGCGGCAGCCAGGGACCUACACUUUGGCUUUAAGAUUUGGAAGUCAAACCAGAAACUUCAGGCUCUACUACGAUGGCAAGCACUUUGUUGGGGAGAAACGCUUUGAGUCCAUCCACGAUCUGGUGACUGAUGGCUUGAUUACUCUCUAUAUUGAAACCAAGGCAGCAGAAUACAUUGCCAAGAUGACGAUAAACCCAAUAUAUGAGCACAUAGGAUACACAACCUUAAACAGAGAGCCAGCAUACAAAAAACAUAUGCCAGUCCUGAAAGAGACACAUGAUGAGAGAGAUUCUACAGGCCAGGAUGGGGUGUCAGAGAAAAGGUUGACAUCACUUGUUAGAAGAGCAACUCUGAAAGAAAACGAGCAAAUUCCAAAAUAUGAAAAGAUUCACAAUUUCAAGGUCCAUACAUUCAGAGGGCCACACUGGUGUGAAUACUGUGCCAACUUUAUGUGGGGUCUCAUUGCUCAGGGAGUGAAAUGUGCAGAUUGUGGUUUGAAUGUUCAUAAGCAGUGUUCCAAGAUGGUCCCAAAUGACUGUAAACCAGACUUGAAGCAUGUCAAAAAGGUGUACAGCUGUGACCUUACAACGCUCGUGAAAGCACACACCACUAAGCGGCCAAUGGUAGUAGACAUGUGCAUCAGAGAGAUUGAGUCUAGAGGUCUUAAUUCUGAAGGACUAUACCGAGUAUCAGGAUUUAGUGACCUAAUUGAAGAUGUCAAGAUGGCUUUCGACAGAGAUGGUGAGAAGGCAGAUAUUUCUGUGAACAUGUAUGAAGAUAUCAACAUUAUCACUGGUGCACUUAAACUGUACUUCAGGGAUUUGCCAAUUCCACUCAUUACAUAUGAUGCCUACCCUAAGUUUAUAGAAUCUGCCAAAAUUAUGGAUCCUGAUGAGCAAUUGGAAACCCUUCAUGAAGCACUGAAACUACUGCCACCUGCUCACUGCGAAACCCUCCGGUACCUCAUGGCACAUCUAAAGAGAGUGACCCUCCACGAAAAGGAGAAUCUUAUGAAUGCAGAGAACCUUGGAAUCGUCUUUGGACCCACCCUUAUGAGAUCUCCAGAACUAGAUGCCAUGGCUGCAUUGAAUGAUAUACGAUAUCAGAGACUGGUGGUGGAGCUGCUUAUCAAAAACGAAGACAUUUUAUUUUAAAUUUUUAAUCUGAGGGGAAAAGAAAUGUUUUACAGAUGAAGGAAUGUUUUAUAGUAAUUUAAUUUGCUCCUGUAGCUGCAUUAUUUCUUGAUUAGAGGUUUGGGCAUAUAACCAGAUUAAAGUGAAGGAACUUUCUGUUGUUUUUGUAGCACCGCUCAGCUGUCUUGUAAAACAGUGAACACACGCUUUCCGGUUCUAGUAAUCCUGGGUGUUUAUCACGUUCAGAGAAACUCAAGCUAUUGCAUGAUUAGCCCCCUAUCUGGCAAGGAAACCCCAUACAGAAGAAACAACAAACCUGUGCCUGCACCGCCUCUGCGUCCUGGGUAGUCUGUGCUUGUAAUCCAGCAUGUUUCACAGAGUAAGCCUGUUGUGACUUUGCUUUUGGGGUCUAUGUCAUUGGUUUCUGAUGCUUGUACAAACGUGCACACACAAAUGGAUAAAACAGCACCUCUGGCUGUUGCAUUACCAUAGACCAUAUCACAUGCCUACAUUUUGCAAAUGAUUUCUGGUUUCUCUUAGUUCUUCUCUAACAUAGUACUUUCUUUCCAGCAAAAGCAAAAGGUGUUUUCAGAUUUGUUACUUUAAUAAGUUAUCCAUACCAAUAAAAAGUGUACAACACAGCAUUUUCUGUUAAAUUAUUAUUGGUUUUCUGUUGUAAUUUUGUAUUUUUUCUGGCAUGCAUUUAUUUAUUAAAUUGGCCUUUAGAAAU